AUGGGGCGUGCUUCGAUCUCACCGAUCAGUCCACGGCCGCGGCGGGGAAAUAGUAUUGCCAUUGGCGGUACUCCCGGCCUGCUGCCGGGCGGUGGAGGUGGCGUUGCCCCCCCACCUGCACGGGCUCGGCGCUCGAGUAUUUUCCAGAGCGAUCUCUUGAAUCCCAGCGGUGCCGCGGCCAGUAGGAAAAGCCGAGCCGUGUUGCAGCGGACCACCACUACAGUACCGGGGAUCCCCAUGGGCGUGUCGAUCCUCGAAUACGAAGACUGGAAGCAUCUGUUUCGCUUGAUGGUCAUGUGCAAAAGAACAGAG